CAGAGUGUGACAGCUCUUCCUGAUAGGAUUUUAUAUGUUGGGAGUUCGGUUUCUUGUUUUUUCCUUGAGAACUUGGGUGUUCUGAAUGCUCUGUGUGAUCGCCUUAAAAUACAUGGUUUGUCUUGGGUUUAAAGCACCGUGUGCUGUUUCAUGUUGGGUGUGUGUUGGGGCUUUUGCUCUUUGUUUAGUUUUCACCGUGUUGAAUCUGAAUUUAAAUGUUGCAAGCCGGCUUCUGUUCCACUGGAAAGGUGAGGGUCUUGAGCAGAGGAGUCCAGAAAUGAGCGUGUGGUUUGGGAAGGCUCAGGAGGAUGAUCGUGCAUCGUUUCUGAACCGCUCCCCAACUGUCCAUAGUCCUGAGUACCAUGUGUCCAUGUGUCUCUGAAGUCACUGCCAAGUAGGUCUUGUUAUGUGAGGAUGCCAUGCCCUGCCUAUUUGCCUUCCAGCCAUGCACUUCAGGCUGUGUUUCUGCUUCAGUGGUUGCUGGUCCAGCUCUCUCAUUUUGCACAGCUUUUCAUAGGAACCAAUUGUCUGCUCUUUGGAGGAGCUGCACCAACUUAACUCAGCUUAUACCACCUUUUGCUGGAAAAAGAAUCUGCUAUUUAGUAAGUGUAUUUUGAGGCUAUGUGUUGCUCUUUGCUGUGUGAAAUUGCAGUUACUCCCACUUGUUUGACCCACACCGGUGUCUGCAAGUGCUGAAACAAGGAGUUAAAACGUGUAGGACAUAGGAAGAAAUAAAUGAUCCAUUUGGGAUUUUAAUUUCAGAAAAUUGUUUUAUAAUCACUGAAGCUUGUUCCUUGUAUGUUGUUACUGUUGGGUAAAUAAUUAAGAAUUGAAAGAGAUACCAUGAGGAAAAGCUGCAGCUGUGCCUAUUUAUAUGGUAUACUGGCAGUUUUGUAUAAGGGUCAUGUAAAAAGUGAAGGGUGUUAGAUACAAUUUUCAAGGACAAAAGCAGCAGUAAAAUGCUUCUUACUGGUGCUUUUUAGAUUUGGGCCGUUGAAAAAAAUACUUCAUUUUCAUAGUUCCAAGUUUCUUUUUGCCAUUGGGAUGGAAGUUGUUUCUUGUUUGUUUGUUUUUCAUUUUGUUUAACAUUUUGGAUCAGGUUCCCUGAUGAAUGAUAUGGCUUUCCCACUCAGCAUCACGACUUUCUGUCCACCUUGUUUCUUAGAUACAGUCUCUAGGUUAAACCCGCAUGUCUUAUCUCUCAAGACGACGACAACAAAUAUGGACAGGUUUUUCAGUAAGGCCUGCAAUUUUCCAUGAGCUUCACGUCUGAAAGCAGUUGACCUUACAUGAUUACCCAGGCAAGUGAGUUUGAGGUUUCAGAAACACUUCUAUCCCAUACCUCCUGCCCCCACACAGCUGAACUGUGGGAGUCACAGUGCCAUUGAAUGACACGAGGGGAGGUGAGUGUGGCUGUCAUUGAGAUGUUUUGAAAACAUGAGUGACUAACCAGUGUGCAGGUGUCCAAAGGUUGUCAGUUAUGCUGCUGUCAGGACACAGUAAAUUUGUGAGAGUGAUUAUAGAAUUACAUAAAGCUCACCUUAAGGAACUUCUUAAUUUCCUUUUGGUUUAGGCUAGGAAAUUGUUCUUUAAAAAUUACUAGUGGGCCUUACUAGUCCUAUUAUAAUCUUGUUUGUAUUCAGACAUUCUAAAUGAGUCAUACUGUGAAGUCAAGAGUUGCUGUCCAACAUCUGAUCCUGAGUCUCUUACGGAUCUGUUUUCUGCUUUGAGAGAGUUUCUGACAGUCCAUCCAACUCCUGGGCCUAGCACCAGUGCUAGGCAGUUUAGUUAUUACAAGAUUAGAUAUGAUGAAAAGGUUGUUGUGUAUUUUUUUUCCAGUUAACAGUGUAACAUGUGGUUGGGUUAUCUGUCAUCUGAACCUAUAUAAAGUCGAAGUUUAACCCCAGAGUGACAAGAAGUGGAGAGAGAGAGAGAGAGAGGUGUUCCUGUCUGUUUUUUGAGAAGGCUCCAGUGAAGGCAAACAUGCUGUCAGAUACUGCAGAGCUACAGCAGGUCACUUAAUGAAUUUCCUGAAAAAUUUUUGUCAACAACUUCUAGUUUUUUUUUGUAGCCUUACUCUGACUGUAGUUUCUUCCCCAUUUUUCAUUGCUGAGGACCAAUACCAUCCACUUUUGACAGCCUCAGGAACCAGUGCCCAGCAAUUGGGAUUUCUCUAUUGCUUGUGCUGAAAGCUCCUGACAAAGUCAGGAGGUGCAUCCCUAGCUCCUAUUUCCAUGUCACCAGCGAGGACAGAUGCUGCUUGCACCACAUGCUCGUGCAAAUGGAUAUGAUUCAAGGCAACUUGUGAUGCCCAAAGAUUGCUUUCAGUGAGCAUUUGUCAGGAAGUCAUGAGGUGCAGUCCUGGACAAGAGCUACCAAGCAAUCCUUGUGUCUUGUGUGGCAAAAAGUGAAGCUACAGCUAAUGCUAAGCAUGUCUUUCCUCGCUGCUGUCUUUUGGUAUUGCAGAAGGCUGUACAGCUUUUUAGCACAGCUACUGACACGGUGGAGCAGCUACCUUCAAAGAAAGCUCAUAAAGAAUCGCAGCGUGUUGGAAGAAGUUGAUCUUCUUGCUUAUAGUGCAAGAGAAUGGAGAGAAGAAACAAAGCAGGCCAAACACAUGAGGGAGGCAUACAGUGAAUUAUUUCAGAACUAUCAUAUCAAAUAUCUGCGGCAGGUCAGGAAGGACAACUAUUGCGUCCUAAGAGCAGUGCUUUUUCAGAUAUUCAGCCAAGGCAUUCCUUUUCCAUCGUGGAUGAGGGAGAGAGAUAUAUUAAAGCUUCCUGAAAAGCUUCUGUAUUCCCAAGGUUGCAACUGGAUUCAGCAAUACAGUUUUGGGCCAGAAAGUUACACAGGUCCUAAUGCCUUUGGAAAAUUACGCAGAUGUAUGGAAACAUUAAAGACAAAUUGGGCUGAAAUGAGUGGUACUAAAGAUCACGAAGAAAGAAGAAACAUGUGUAAUGCACUCUUUUCUGACGAGAGCAAGGAACACAAGCUAUAUGAGGCUAUAAAAUUUAUCAUGCUCUACGAAGUUGUUGAAGCCUACGAGCAAAUGAAGAACAGGGAUGAACCUGUACCCCACCUUUUUCGCCUCCUCUUUGCUCGGGAUACUUCAUCUGACCCUUUGAGUUUCAUGAUGAAUCAUCUGAAUGCCAUAGGUGACUCCAUUUGCCUAGACCAGGUUGAACUGUUCCUUCUUGGAUACCUGCUUCAAGUAAAGAUCAAAGUUUACAGACUGCAUAAAUUUAAUACUGAAGAAUUUCAAGUAAACUGUCCAGAUGAAUACCGAAGGGAAUGGAAUGAGAUUUCUCUCCUGACUGAGGAUGACCACUACUAUCACAUCCCAGUUAUCAGAACGUGAAGCACAAAGAACUUCUUUUUAACCUUUGUAUAACAUAGUGAGUAACCAGUUCCAGUGAAUUAGGUUUCUAACUGGCAGCAGAAAUGCAUGUUGAUGAUUACAAAAUGAUUUAUGGGUUUAUUGUGUAAAUGCUUUGCUUUCCCAUUACAGCUCAAUUAGUUCCAGUCAGCCAUAAAUAGCAAAAUAUAUUGCUAUGCUGUUUGGGGGAAAAUGUCAUAUCUAAGGGUUAUUGAAAAUAAAAGAUCAAACAGCAAGACAAAGGGAAAAGUAAUGCUGGUUUUCCACUCCUAGGCUAAUGGCUUACUCUAACAUAUCUGCGUGGGUUAAACUUAAGUCCUAAAGUAAUUCCUGCCUUUCUCUUCUAUUUCUUGAGUUAGAAUGAAUGAACUAUGCAGGAAACAACUCUUGGGGUCCCACAGUUUUUACUCUGGGACACUAAAGUUACAAGGAUUUGAGGCUAUCUUGCAUGCAAGUAUGUAAACUGAGGCCACUACACAACUCAGUUCAAAUCCCAUCCAGUUUCUCCUGGUGUUGCAGUGCCUCCCUCCAGAAAGAAAGCAAGCAGCUGCAGACCACAGCUACUUCAGACUCUUGAAAUCAGGCUGAUCAGUGUUAGAUCUACUUUAUAACUGAGGAAAGUUAAGACGUUGAUGUUUGAAGAAGUCUGUCUGGAACAACUAAAUGAGAUUUGCUUUAUUAUAUGCUAUGCUUUGCCUGGUUCUAGUUUCUAAAAGACUCGAUUGUGUUUAGAUAAUUUCUAAAACGAGAGGUCCUAAAUUGAACAAAUGCUAAAAUGAUACAGCAGAUCUUGCAAGUGAAAAGCAUACAAUCCCACAGGCAUGGGUUAUAUUUUAAAAGUGGAGUUUUAUUAAGAAACAAAGGCUUUCCUUGUUUUAUCCUAGAAGUACAGAAGGAGGCAGGUUUGGUUUUAACUGCUGCAGGACAAGGAACAAAAGCAUGAGCUGGGCCUAUAGGAGCUAAAGCAGUUGUGUGUAGUAACUAAAUGAUAAUGUUGGAGA